UUAAUGUCACCGCACUUGCUCUUAUAUAUUACGUACCUAAUUGCGUAAUACUCUGAUAAUCAUGUGCAUAUGCUUUACCACUUGAUGCCUUUCUUCUAUAUAAAUAAACAUUACAUAUUUUUCCCGCUUUUUUCAUUCUCAACUCUCAACAAACUCCUCUCUUUCUCUCUGUCUUCUCAGUUUUUCAACUUUCCGAUCCGCCGCCAUAACAACAUGCGCAAACAUGAUUCACCACCACCGCCACCAACGGCCCCCGCCGCCGAUGGAAACCCAGGAUCCAGUGCUGCCGUGCCGGAACCUGCCGCUAGUGUCCUGAAGCUGGUUUCUGAUACAGCGGUUAUAAUCAUAGCGAAAAGAGGAUGCUGCAUGUGCCCCGUUGUGCAGAAGCUCUUGCAGGGUCAGGGAGUCAACCCUCCUUUGUACGAAUUCGACGACGAGCACGAAGCUAUGGUGGCCGCAGCGGUGUCAGGGACGGUUGUUGGCGGCGGCGCAAAGGUGGUGGAGUUCCCGGCGGUGUUCGUGGGUGGUAAGUAUUUUGGUGGAUUGGAGAGAGUGAUGGCGGCUCAUAUCUCAGGGGAACUUGUUCCUGCACUCAAACAAGCUGGGGCCUUGUGGCUUUAAUUUUCAGCCUUUUCAAUACUAUGCAUUACCUUAACCAAAUUUUCUAUAUACAAUUUUACCUAAAAAGAGAAAUUCGUAUUUUUCUUUGUUAGGGUUUGUUUCCAAAACCUGAAAUUGAGACUGAGAUUUUCGGAUUUAAUAUUGUGUUUAGUAGUCAAAUAUUAAAAUUAAUCUUUAGAAAAU